AUGCCGUAGUUGUAUGCGUCUUCUCCGUUGCUAUGGAGACGGUCAUAGCUUACAGGAGAGUGAGCGACACGAACGGCGUAAAAUGACACAGGGCAAAGAAAAGAGUAAAACUACGAUAAGAAACGAUGAGCAGGAAAACGAGGAGAUGAACGGGCACGCAGAGCAGCCGCAGACAGCCGAGGAAAGAGAUACAAUAAAGUUACCGAGCCGCUCUGACACUUUAAAGGUGAACUCAGAGGAUGCUGAAGAACAAACACACCUCCGUCCUGACAGUGACGAGCAGCAAGGCGACGAUGACAUUUAUGAGCUGACCACUCCUUUUAACUUGAUUAUACAGAGACAUGAAGGAGAAACGUGUGAGGGCCAGAUUGAUGGAGAAGGAGUCGCUCUUUUUGAAGGAGGACACAUGUACAAGGGGAUGUUUUCCAACGGGCUUAUGGAUGGACGUGGUGUCUUCACACGGGUAGGCGGACUGAAAUAUGAGGGAGAAUUUGUGCGCAACAUGCCCAUGGGUCAGGGCACCUUCACCUGGCCGGAUGGCAGUUCCUAUAAGGGCGAGGUGUACAAGGGGAUAAGACACGGGACUGGAACCUACAAAUGUGCAGAUGGUGUGUCAUACAGUGGGCAGUGGGAUCAGGGCAAGAGGCACGGAAAGGGUGCAGUGUAUUAUAACCAGGAUAAGACCUCUUGGUACAAAGGAGAUUGGGUGAAGAACAACAGAGAGGGAUGGGGAGUGAGAUGCUACCCCUCUGGGAACAUUUACUUUGGUGAGUGGAAGAACAACCUGAGACAUGGAGAGGGCACGAUGAGGUGGCUAAAGCUGGGACAGCAGUACGUUGGGAUGUGGCAGAAUGGAGUCCAGCAUGGACGAGGCACACACGUCUGGAUCCUGAAGGGAGCAGAUGAGUCCCAUUAUUCCCAGUGCAAUAAGUACACAGGAGAUUUUGCUCAGGGUCAGUGGCACGGACGGGGAGCCUUUUACUACGCUAGCGGUGCGAUCUACGAAGGAGAAUGGAGGAACAACAAAAGACACGGGCAGGGAAAAUUCACUUUUAAGGAUGGCCAUGUCUUUGAUGGAGAGUUUGUGGACAAUCAGACGAUGACACUCAACCUGAAUGGAAACAGAGAUCCCACUUCUCUGUGUGGUACAUUUUCUCUGUCAGAUAGUGAUUCAUCUAUCUUAGGGCCAGACAUGGCUCUGAACAUUGGAUGUCUGCUGGAUAAACUCCCUGAGCGGGAGCGUGACGCUGAGCGUAAACAGGUGGAGUUUGUGGUGCUGAUGCAGGUUGCAGAGCUCAGGUCUGUCUACAGUUUCUACAGCAGACUCGGCCAUGCCCACUCUCCAGAUAACGUCUUCAUGCUGACCCGCCUGCAGCUCUGGCGCCUGCUCAAAGACUGUUACGUCCACCACCAUGACAUCACUCUGACACAGAUAGACCGUUUAAUCAGAGAAGAUGCCACUACAGCAGAGAUCCACUCUCCUUUCACUCCAAUGCUAUUUCAAAGGCUCCUCAGCUGUCUGGUGGUUGUGGCGUACCACAUCUACCAUAAGGACAUAGUGUGGGAAAAGAACCUUCUGGCUACCUGCUUUUCCAAACUGAUGACAGACAACAUCCUUCCUAACGCUAAAAAUGUGAAAGGUUUCCUGUUUAGGCAGCCAGACUGUGCAGUGGUGGCUAUGAACUACAUAAAGAAGUGCUGGGAAGUCUAUCAGGCUUACUGCAGAGUCAAUGCAUCCACCGAAGAUGAUCAGACCAUGACCUGCAAACAGCUGCUGUGGAUGUUCAAGGAUCUCCAUCUACUGGACAAUAACCUGACCACAGCGACAUUACUGGAGAUCAUCACUGCAGAGACCCAUGUCCUCAGCAACCUGUCCUCCUGUCUGGAUCAAGAGAUUACUUUCCUGGAGUUUUUUGAGGUACUUCUUGGCUCUGCUGAGGUCAAGUAUCAGGUGUCUGAAAGCCAAUCACUGUCCAGCCCAGACACACACGCCAGGAGGGAUGUACCUGAGUUGGAGGCCAGCGAGAACAUUUUGCAGACAACAAGCAGCCCUUCCCAGUCGUUGGCAGCUCCAGUGAAUUCCCCCAUCACACCUGAAAUAUCCAGCCCCAAGUCUGUGGAGACGGUAAAAUCAGGUGACGCAGCGGAAUCAUCCACUGCUCAGGAUGUGGAUAGUGAAAAAGAUGUCAAGACUAAAGUCAGUGAGACACCUCAGUCUGCAGAGCACACAGAAGAGCAUGGACGUAAAGGAAAGGAUGUGAAAACUAGAGUGAUAGAGGCCACAUACCAUGACCAGGAACUUUGGAUCCAGAUGAUCCAUCAAUUUUUCAACAUUUUUUCCUUCCCGGCUUUUGAACAUAACCAGUCAGUGUCAAGGUACAUGAAGAAAGAGAAGCUCCGCCAGGAGACCCAGAGACACAUCGCUUAAGGCCCAUGAAAGAGCCAGGUAGAUGAGGUAUUAGGAGGCUGGUGAAUGACACAAGAUGUAGUGAUGUGGGCAGCAGAGAAACUUGAUGAAGACAGGAUGAAGGCUCUGAUCCUGAAUUAUCUGUACAGCCCAAAAACAAACUAAAUGUUUCAAAUACAGUGAGUAAUAAAAGCAUUGAGUGUGUUGCUUA